AUGGAAGACGCACAAGCACAAGCACGCCCACAACACUUAGGCGACAAGUAUGGGCCGAAGCUGGUUGAUAAGGCAGACAAAUUACAACAACAGGCUGUCGCUAUGAGCGGCGGUUCAAAAGAUGGUGAGCCUGCUGGGGGGUUUGACAGCACGCCGUUCCCCCGUGCGCCACCCGGCUAUACGCUAAAGUUCACAUUCCAUCGCGGGGUCAACCUACCUUGCGCCGAUUUCGGCACUUUCUCAUCCGAUCCAUAUAUCCAUGCCACGUUGAGUGUUGAUGUUCCGCAACGACAUAAACAGGAUCCAUUCCCAACUUUCAGAACUCCAACUGUGCGUAAGAAUCGGGACCCCGUUUGGGAAAAGGAAUGGGUUAUUGCCAAUGUCCCUGAGUCUGGGUUUCGGCUCAAAUGUCGCCUCUACGAUGAGGAUGCGGCAGAUCACGACGACAAGUUGGGAAAUGCCUAUAUCCAGGUGGAUUCAAUUAACGAACAAUGGGCUGGCAUCCGCGAGCAGCCUUUCCGGCUGAAGAAACACACUGGCAGCAAGCGAGUCUAUUUGUUUGGAAAUAUCGCCUCUCUCGCCUCGCGACGUCUUGACACCGCAUCGCAUAUAGUCGUGAGCGUUGAAUGUCUGGGAAAAACUCCUGGCACGAACGGCGCACAAGUUUAUACCCUGGGGCCAAAUUACUGGUUCAAACAUUUCUCGCCGCUGAUCGGUAGACUAAUUGGGACAAAGGAUGCUGUUCAGAAUCAGGAUGGGAAGAAAACAGUCAAUCGCUACAAUUUCCAGGCCAUACAGCUCCAACUAAAGGGGCCCGUGCCCACCGAACUGUAUCAUCGAUAUGUGGAAUUUAGGCCUUUCGUGGCGGGAAUGUUCACCUCACAUACUCUUCGUGGGCGGAUACUCAACAGAGCACUUCAUCAUCAGCAUGAGAGGAUCUAUAAUUUUGACAGGGCAACGUUAGAUGGUCACUUCGAAACCCCCUGCGUCGAGAUGACCCAGAAAUUCCUUGAGUUUGUUCAUUACGGGCAAGGAGGUAGAAUUUUCACCUAUGUCCUCACCCUCGAUGGCCAGUUUCGUUUCACAGAAACAGGGAAGGAGUUCGGUAUUGAUCUACUGAGCAAACACACGAUGCACAGCAAUGUGUCCGUCUACAUCGCCUAUUCUGGAGAAUUCUUUCUUCGACGACGAAAACACCGCCACCGAUCCCGCUCCUUGGCCUCAAAUCGAUCUUCCACAGAAUAUGUUGUGGACAAUGAUGGCGAGGAGAUGGAGAUAUCAACUAAUCCGAGUGGAUAUGAACUCUUCAUAGACAACGAUAGUGGUACUUACCGUCCGAACGCUCACUAUCUGUAUCUUCUGAAACAGUUCUUAUCGUUUAACCUCCCUGAACUUCACAUCACGACUUUGGAUUGCCAGGCUGAUGCGGAACGGAUGCAGGAGCUAAAGAAUGAACAGAGAGAACUGAAACAUAGCGCAGGCGCCCAGAUGACCUUCCUCCAGCAAAGAAGCAGGUCUUCUUCUUCUUCUUCGUUUUCCAUCUCAAGCUCUGAUGAGGACGAGUUAAAUGAGCGCAGUGGUCUAGAGCAAAAGCAAAGAAGGGACUUUUCCAAGAAAAUGCAUGAGAUGCGAGACGUCAGAGGGCAUGUCCUGAAAUGGGCGCAGGGAGAUGAAGAGAUGCAUGGCAGCUCUGAAAAGAAGGUGGAGUCCUCGCAUCCCCAUGAGGCUACAGCUGGCAUGGAAAGGAUGACAAUCAGCGGUGCUGGAGCCCAACAGUGA